AUGGCUGAAUUAAUCAGGGACUCGACUGCAGUGUUUCCUUCGCCGCCAGACUCCUACGUCUGCCCCAUUGAGAACCAGCUGAGCUACUACUACUACUCGUGUCAGACAGUUGAAUAUGCCCAUUCAGACUUCGACAACUUCCUCUUUGGGGCACUUCUUUCACUUCCAUUAACUUCUGCUGCUAAUAUUCCUCUGCUUUUGCUGCUGUUUCCUGUAGCUGUUUCUGCUGUUCUUGCUGCUGUUCCUGUAGCUGUUUCUGCAGUUCUUGCUGCUGUUCCUGUAGCUGUUUCUGCUGUUCUUGCAGCUGUUCCUGUAGCUGUUUCUGCUGUUUCUGUAGCUGUUUCUUCUGUUUACUCUGUUCCUGUAGCUGGUUCUGCUGUUCUUGCUGCUGUUCCUGUAGCUGUUUCUGCUGUUCUUGCUGCUGUUCCUGUAGCUGUUUCUGCAGUUCUUGCUGCUGUUCCUCUGAUUCUGCUGUUUCUUGCUGUUGUUCCUGCAGCUGUUUCUGCUGUUCUUGCAGCUGUUCCUGUAGCUAUUUCUGCUGUUCUUGUUGCUGUUCAUGAAGCUGUUUCUGCUGUUCUUGCUGCUGUUCUUAUAGUUGUUUCUGCUGUUCCAGUAGCUGUUCCUGUAGCUGUUUCUGGUGUUCCUGUAGCUGUUCCACUAGUUGUUUCUGCUGUUCUUGGAGCUGCUCCUGGAGCUGUUUCUGCUGUUCUUGCUGCUGUUCCUGUAGCUGUUUCUGCUGUUCUUGCUGCUGUUCCUGUAGCUGUUUCUGCUGUUCUUGCUGCUGUUUCUGAUGUUCCUGCUGUCGUUCCUGUAGCUGUUUCUGCUGUUCUUGCUGCUGUUUCUGCUAUUCCUGUAGCUGUUUCUGCUAGUUUUGUGACUGUUCCUGCCUUUCUUGCUACUGUUCCUGUAGCUGUUUCUGCUGUUUUUGCUGCUGUUCACGUAGCUGUUUCUGCUGUUUCUGUAGCUGUUUCUGCUGAUUUUGCUGCUGCUGUCGCACUGGCACUAUUGUCCCUGGCGAGAUUUUAUGAUGCACCGUAA